AUGGAAAGUCCACACGAGCAUCAGCAGAACCUCCUGCUGUCGCGCAUUAUCACCAAUGUUGAGAAACUGAACGAGUCCAUUCUUGUCAUGAACAAGACCCUUCAAGACAUCAACAUUCAGAACAUGAACAUUGAGCUGGUAGCCCAAAUGUUCAAGAAUUACCAGUCCAAUGUCCUUUUCCAUCUCGAGGCUACGGACAACUUGAAAGACCCGGCGUGA